CCAGUCGUUACCAGGGGCGUGGAUCCAAGCGAGCUCAAUGGGAAACACAUUUGGGUGCCUCGCCGUUGUAUUAACCUAAUGGGCAGAGGCGAUGACAAGCGAAAACAGUUGUCCGCGUGAAUUAAUUGGCGGUGGGGAGGCAGGGAAACUAAAAUUUCCUGUGUCGUAAAGCGGCCCGGCUGGUGUUUAACUACACGCUCCGCAUACAGCAGCAGCAACCGUGGAGAGAGACUCUCGGCAUCGUUAGCUGCUGUAUCUGCAACCGAGGAGAGGGAUGCGAGCGCUUGAAAGGAGAUAAAUACAACGUAUGUUUUUUCCACGUCAAUAUGAGCUCUUGAUAUCGGAUGAAAUCUCGUCUGUCAUCCAUCCCACUGUUGUCAGGGGCCUCUGCUGGCAAACUGCGUCACCGAGUGGGCGCUGCAGGUACUCAUCUCUGAAUCUGCAUGUUGGGAAGUCUAGCCAUGGCACGAAUGACCUGGAAACCAAAGUGACUGAACUUUUAAUUCACCAUGGAGCCGGAGGCUAAUCCAAACUCCGAUCCCCACCAAGGACUGAAAUACCCAUCUGUACCCAACUCUCAGUGUGAACUGGCCACGAAUAUAUAUGAGGCCAUGGGUGAUGGGAGUGUCAAUCUUGUGGACUCAGUAGUGAGAGGUGGGAGUGACCCCAGUGCAUAUCCUGUCUCCAGCUACCAUAGUAGUGUGCACCAGAGAUUCAUCAGGAGAAGUCUGUGGUUCUCGGACGCAGAGGAGCAGGCAUUUGAGGCACCUGAGUGCGAUAACCGGAAUAAGAUCCUGAACAUAAACCUGCGGACAAUAGUGGACAGGACUCGGGGGACUAGCUGUGGGAUACAGGGGGGCUCCAGCACUGAAAGUCAAGGUGGACAAAAAGACAGUGCAACAGAGAGCGCCAGUGCAGACGAGGAGAAGGAGAAAGGAGGAGGAGAUGAGAUAAAUCUUACGUGCAGUGAUGGUGGGAAAGCAGCUAUCAAGGCAGCCAGUGAGGAGAACGAGGAGGAGGCAGAGAUGAAAGCUGUCUCCACAUCACCGGGAGGAAGAUUCCUCAAAUUUGACAUAGAGCUGGGGAGAGGGUCCUUCAAGACGGUCUACAAGGGCCUGGAUACUGAGACCUGGGUGGAGGUUGCCUGGUGUGAGCUGCAGGAUCGCAAACUGUCAAAGGUGGAACGUCAGCGCUUUAAGGAGGAGGCGGAGAUGCUGAAGGGUCUUCAACAUCCCAACAUUGUCCGGUUCUACGACUUUUGGGAGUCGCCCCUUAAAGGAAAGAAGUGCAUUGUUUUAGUAACGGAGCUCAUGACAUCAGGAACGCUAAAAACAUACCUAAAGCGUUUCAAAGUAAUGAAGCCAAAGGUGCUGCGGAGCUGGUGCAGACAGAUCCUGAAAGGCCUUCACUUUCUCCACACCAGGACACCUCCCAUCAUCCACAGGGACCUCAAAUGUGAUAACAUCUUUAUCACUGGACCUACAGGCUCAGUCAAAAUAGGGGAUUUAGGACUGGCAACGCUCAAGGCAGCUUCCUUUGCUAAGAGCGUCAUAGGCACCCCAGAGUUCAUGGCUCCAGAGAUGUAUGAGGAGCACUAUGAUGAGGCUGUGGAUGUCUACGCCUUUGGCAUGUGUAUGCUAGAGAUGGCCACCUCAGAAUACCCCUACUCCGAGUGUCAGAAUGCUGCUCAGAUAUACCGCAAAGUCACAAGUGGAGUGAAGCCAGCCAGCUACAACAAGGUCAUGGAUCCUGAAAUCAAGGAGAUUAUUGGGGAGUGUAUCUGCCAAAAGAAAGAGGAGCGGUACACCAUCAAGGACCUGUUGAACCAUGCUUUCUUUGCUGAGGACACAGGCGUAAGGGUGGAGCUAGCCGAAGAGGACGAUGGGAAAAAGGACUCCAUCGCCCUGAAACUGUGGGUGGAGGACCACAAGAAGUUAAAAGGGAAGUACAAGGAGAGUGGAGCCAUCGAGUUCACAUUUGACCUGGAAAAGGAGGUCCCUGAGGUCGUGGCACAGGAGAUGGUGGAGUCUGGCUUCUUCCACGAGAGCGAUGCUAAGACUGUGGGAAAGUCAAUAAGGGACCGCGUGGCACUGAUCAAGUGGAGGAGAGAGAGAACAGUGUCUGCUGCAGUUCCAGUGGAACAAGGUGAAGGGGGGAACAGGGUCCAGAUGACACCAUCUCAGGGCGUCUCAGCUGGGGUUGCACAUGUAGGACAGCCCUCACAGGAACCAGAAGAGACAGAGGCAGACCAGCACGGCAAGCUGCGUAACCUACCAGCCAGUGCCACCUCAGUGACAUCAGACAGCACACUUGAUAGUGGUAUGGGCUCCACUGUGUACUCAGACUCCCACAGCAGCCAGCAGAGUGUCCUCUACCAGUCCCUGCUGGAGCCUAUUACUAUGGCAACACAGCAGGCCAGUUCAGCAGGUCACCAGAAUCUACCAUCUGUACAGGGCCUGCCUUCCUCCAGCACAGCAGUGCACACACCGCUGCAGUACCACCAGCCUGGACACAGUUACCCUGCUGCUCCAUAUGCUGGCCAUCACGGUGCUGCAACACCAGCACCAGCUAGUUUAUGCUCAGUCAACAUCCAGCAUACAGUCAGUGCUGGUAGCUACACACCUCCAAGUGUGCAACAGACCCCAACUGCAGCAAAUAUUUCAGCAUCAGCUGUACCACAACAUGUUGCACAGAGCUACCAAGCACCAGCAGCAAGCUCUUUGACUUUUCCUGUGAAAGUCCAACAGUCUUGUCAGAGCUUUGUUGCCCCAGCUCAACAACAGGCUCACUCUGCACCAGGAUAUCCUACUCCAAUCCAGCAACAGACUGCUGCAGCAGCAGCCAGCCUGCCAGCUCAGCAGCCAGCACAAAGCUACCCUCUUGCAUCUGUAGCCCCAACCAUGGCAGCCACGGCCCUGUGUCAUCCUGCACAAGCUCCUAGCGCACUGCAACACGUCCAAGCCGCAGUCAAACUGCCAAGUCAGCAGCCUGGUCAGAGCUCCUCCACACCAGCACUUUACAGCCAACAGAUACCCAUUCAGCAAGAGCACCAACUGAAUACUCAAUCCAAUAUACAACUAACGCAACAUGCUGGGCAGGCUUAUAUGCAGCCUCAACUUCAGCCUAGCCAAGAAACUUUGCAUACCAUGCACCAACAAACGGCACAACAGGCCGCCCACCUUCCUCAAAGUCUUCAGCCUACUGGUCAGCAGCAAGUACACACCCCACCUUUACAGAAGCACAGCCAGACAGCAAUUCCACAACAGAGCCAGGAUGUGUCCCAGUCUACAGUCCAACAGGUUCAGGCCCCGGCCUCUCAACCUCAUCCGACAGCAACCCCAGUUGUGCAGGUUGCAGCCACACAGCAGAGCUACCCUGCUGCAGGUCUACCUGAUGCUGCCUCUCAAAGCUAUGCACAUCCUGCCCUCAACGCACUUCAGCAACAGACUGCUCCAACUCAGAGCCAGUACCUGUCUGCACAGUCUACUGCUGCUCCACAGACCUACGGAGGACAACAGUUUCAACCCUAUCUUUGCAUCGCUGCUUUCCUGAACCAGAAUAUUCCUGCUGGUCCUAGCAUUUCACAGCUCGGACAAGACGGACAGGGCCACGGGCAGAAUCUCAGCCAGUCAGCUUCAAGUGUGCCAGCCCAGGCAUUGCCUCCUCAACAGUCAUUGGCUCAGGCUGCUGUCCACCAACAACUCCAGCCUCUGCAGAUUUCAAACUCCCUACCACCAACACAUUCAUCCCAGUUUCCUUCACAGUAUCCCACAAUCCAGGUGAUGACAGCUGUGACUGACUGUGAAUCCUCCUACCCUCACUCCUGCACUGCCCCUCACCCUUCAGCCCCCUCUUCUCUUAAUCACAUCUUCCUUUCUCCUGGUCAGACUCUCCCCGUGACCCCUUCUGUCUCCCCUGUUUCUCCUCUGCAUAUCGAAAACACGUUAGUUUCACCCGUCCCAGUGUCCCACAUACCUUCACCCUCUCCCGUGCUGGGUAAAGCGGGACCCACGUCCCCACAGCACCAGCCCAGCAUUAGAUCUGAAGUUUCUCAUUCACAACCUGCAUUUAUAUCAGCACCAGCCACCCACCCCAUACACACACACACUGCCCCGUGCCAGAGCACACACCCUCCCACAAAUGGCAGCACUCAGCCUCUGAUACAGCAGGUUCCCCAGCAGGUUCCUCAGCAGGCCCAGGUCAGCCUCCCUGAGCUUGCACCCUCUGCUCAACCAGUCCAGCCUGCUCCGCUCACCCAAGCUGCAGUCUUCUCCUCACCUUUGCUCAAUGGGUCAGACCCGGGCGCAGCUACCACUGCUGCCCAGCUGGACAACAAGAACGUAUGCCAGCUGGCCCCGCAGGCCCAGAGUCAGGUUCAGAGCCAGAUUCCCGUGCUGCAGCCCUCUGACUCUCAGAGAGUGUCAUCUGGGGCUGCCAGUUCCAGUCUGACUCAGCAGAAACAGCUCAGUAGUCUCACCGGAGCUGCAGGUCAGGGUCCAACAGAGACCAACACGGAGGAUCAGGCUGCAGAGAAACACACUGGAGGACAGAGCUAUGACAGUGUCAACUCUGAUGCCACGUCAGGCAAGGAGAUGAGUGAUGGUUAUGAGGGGACACAUGGAGGUAAAGGCGAAGGGAAAGUCCGCAAACACCACCGCAGGUCCACACGCACUCGCUCUCGGCAAGAGAAGAUUAACAGGCCAAAGCUCAACAUGCUCAACGUGUGCAACACUGGCGAUAAGAUGGUAGAGUGUCAACUGGAAACUCACAACCACAAAAUGGUCACUUUCAAGUUUGACCUGGAUGGAGAUGCACCGGAAGAGAUCGCAACAUACAUGGUGGAGAACGAUUUCAUUCUGCCGUUAGAAAAAGAAGUAUUCAUUGAGCAGCUGAAGGACAUCGUGGACAAAGCUGAGGACAUGCUCAGUGAGGACACGGAGGGCGAAAGGAACUCUGACCAGGGAGGCAGCCCCAAACAGAGCGACGGAGCUGGCGCUCUGGGACCAGAGGGAUUGAAGGCUUCCACGCCCAGCACACCACAGCUGGUGUACCAGCAAAAUGUCCUCCACACUGGAAAGCGCUGGUUUAUCAUCUGCCCUGUGGCUGAGACGCCUGAGAAAGACAAGACUACAUCUCACACCUCUACAGCCCAGGAAUCUGAAAAGGCUGCCUCAUCAUCAGUGAGGCCCAGCAGCAACACGACUGCAGGGGCUACCCCAGUUGUGUCGUUAUCCUCCCAAAGCCCGUCCUCCUCCCCUCUGCCCCCUGCAGCUCAGACCACAGUGCAACCUCAAGACCAAAACACAGACAUAACACGGAUCCAGCAGCCUCAGCCCUGUGUUACUAAACAUGCCCGUACUGCUGCUGGUGCCAGCCAUCACAACGCCCUUCCCGUGGAAGAGCCUUGCAUCUCUGCUGUCUCUAUGGUAACGGACAUUCCGUGCUGUGCUAUUGUGCCACCUGUCUCUCUGGAUGUGAAUGCUAUAGAUAAAGGAGCAGUUAGUGGUUUGACCUCCUCCCAAACAAAAACCCAGACCAAUCAGAAGGCCAGUCCUACUGGAGAGCUACCCCCUCAGCUGGCUUCCCAUCAGUCUGUGGUCCUGCAGCAGCCCUACGCCACGCCCAUGCAGCCAGGGACAGUCACCUCCCAGCCCCAGAGCCCAGCACAUCAGACCCCGCAGAGCUCCCAGUCGUCAAGCCACCAGCAGCCGGUGAGUGGGGGGCCAGGAGAGUCGGACAGCGAGGGACCACGCAGGGUGGAGUUUGCAGACCGCACCAUCAAGACUUUGGAUGAGAAGCUGAGAAACUUGUUGUACCAGGAGCAUGCUCCAUCGCAGACCUCCAGCGCUGCUAGUGACCCCCAGGCCUCCGGUACAGAGGGGGUCAGCUCGCCUCCAGUCUCAGAUGGCUUGACUACAGAGGGAGCACUUACGAAAAAGAAAGGAGAGCUGCUGCCUCAGAUUCCUGAGCGCACAGAUAGUGUGGGUGCACUAAGUGACUCUGCAGUGGCAGCCACUAGCAGGGUUUUGAACAGAAGAGAUGUGACCGCUGGCUCCAGCUCAUACAGCUCCAAAAGCCGCUUUCAAAUCAUCCCCACUCCACCGGAUGUCAUAUGUUGUUUAGAAAAAAGAAAGAUGAGUUGCGGCACCGGCAGCUCCCCAGCGCCCUCUAGUGGCUCCGGAGGGUCUCACAGCCAGACGCAGGGCUCAAGCAGUAAAGAAAAGGACUGCAUGGCUGUGGGCAGGUUCUCUGUGACAGCUGCAGCUGAUCAUGAGAUUGCAGAAACAUCGAAACCCCACAGCAGUAACCGUUACUCUGCCCCGCCAAACUUCUACCACGCCACCCCCACUACCAGCCCCGACGUCACCCCCAGCCACAUCCCCCGUGCCCAGACCAUCGACUCUCCGACCCAUCACCACUACCACCACUCUUCUCACCUCUACUCUGACUCAGCAGAUGAGGACAGCAGCAGCAUAGCCCUUCCUCCGGCCCACCCCGCUCCCCCAGCUCAUGCGCUGUCUGAGCACAGUGGGAGCGACCUCAUGAAGAGGGCAGUGGCCUUCCUGCGGCGCUCUGGUAGGAGCAAAAGUGAGCAGAGCUCCGAUUCACCCAGCCGACAGCCCGUCGCAAUGAAUGGUCACGCUCCCUCGCCUUCUGCAGGACAUGCGCACUCAUCCUACAUCAGCAGUGACAAUGACUCCGAGUUUGAGGAUGCAGAUAUGAAGAAAGAACUGCAGAAGCUGAGAGAAAAACACAUGAAGGAGAUCUCUGAGCUGCAGGCGUUCCAGAGGAAUGAGAUUGAGCGGCUGUACACGGAGCUGGGCAAAACGCUACCCCCCAAUGUCGGCCUGCUCCACGCCGCACCCCCAAGUGGCCGCAGGCGCAGGGCCAGCAAACACAAGCUAAAGGCUGGAAAACUGCUCAAUCCAAUGGUGCAGCAGCUCAAAAACAAUCUUAACACCUCCACAGAGAGGAAAGGUGAGAGUGCUGCCAGUUCAUCCAGCUCCCCGGCAAAAAGUUCAGUUCUGUCAGAUGGCUCUGCUCACUCCAGUGGCAGCUGUAGCUCCAGCAAUAAGUCCAGCGCAGCCCCAGAGCAGGUCCACACGCAGCAGCCCUGUUCCUUGAAGGGCUCUUUCUCCUCAGACAACAUCUACGCUGGGCUACAUGGUGAUGGAACAGCCAACCAAGCUGGCCCUGGCCAAGGCUGGACGGUUUACCACCAAACUUCAGAGAGAGUCACCUAUAAAUCUAGUAGCAAACCACGCACUAGAUUCCUCAGUGGACCUGUGUCUCUGUCCAUCUGGUCCACUCUGAAACGACUAUGUCUAGGCAAAGAGCGCAGUAGUAGGUCUUCUCUCAACACCGCCACAACUCAGACAGCUUCCGGUCAACCACAGCCGGCACUCACCACAGCCACGCCCUCACCAUCUCCCCAGCCAAUCACACGGCUCGCUCAGGUCCAGACCAACAACAGCAACAACAAGAGAGGCACGUUCACCGACGAUCUUCACAAGCUGGUAGACGACUGGGCGAAGGAGACUGUCGCGGCAGCCAAUCAGCCACGCCCCUCCCUCAACCAGAUCAAACAGCAGAGACGCCAGCAGGACCUGGAAGGCAAAGCGCCACCCAUGGGAGCAGCUGCACAUGAGAUGAAACGCCAUGUCGCUCCCCACAAGUUCCAGCUGCCUCUCUCCUGCCCCCUGACUGCUGCUUUAGGCCCUGGUAUGCCCCCAGUUCUAGCUCCCAACUCCUCAGCAGUGCUCUCUCCUGGGUACCUUUUGCCAGCGGGCUCCUACGGCGGGAUGGUUCCUGGUCCUAUUUACCCCCAGCAGUGGCCUGGCAUGCCUAGUCCUGUAGGCUCCGUGGGUCCUGUAGGCGUGCUUGGUGCUGCGACAAUGAUGCCCUAUGCCGCAAUGGCAAACCCAGGGAUCCAAGCCUACCCUCUGGUCAUGCACGACCCAGAGAACAGCCCCUGUCCCAAAACCACUAGGACUACCUAACCUGCUAACUCAUGUUUGUUAGUAUGUGUUGGCACAGUAGUCCAACUCCACUCUGUUCUGGUUCACCAGAGCCUCACAUGUACAUAACCUGAUGUUGUAAAUAACAUGACGCAAGUGUUGAUAUUCUUUAUACAACACCUAUAUCUGUAGUUAAUUUGUGUGUGUGUGCGUGUGUGUACGUAUGUGUGUAUACUAUACAGUACGUGUUAAGUAUGUACGUCUGAAAACUUAAUGCUUUUUGGCUUUGGUUUUUACUAAACUCAGCCAUACGAGACAAUUUGUCCGCAGUCACGACAAACAUAUUUCACUUUAUUCUUUAUUACUGCUGUUGUGACAUUGAUUUUUUGCCUUUCUCUGUGUUACGUACACUUUAAACACUACAUUGGAAUCCAAAUACCAGUGGUUUGAGAUACAGUAACAGGACAGUAUUUAUGAUGAAGACAUUUGAAGGAAUGUAGUGCCUUGAACAUUGAUUUAUAGAUUACUUUUUUUUUCUUCCUCUGUGAAACAAAGCAUGUCUGUAUCCAAGUUAUUUUUAUUUAAUGGUAGCUUGAGUGCAGUCUCUUAUUUUUUAAUGCAUUACAGACACUUUUGUUUUUGGUUUACAUAUGAAUGCCCUUGUAGAACUGCACUAUUAACACAGUAUAUGCUCUUAUUUAAAUAAUAAAAUCAUGUUUUAACCCUUGUUUACUUUCCACCCCUGUGACAGAUGGAAUGCCAUAGUGGUGAGACGUACCGUUGCCUUGCAGAAACAAAUGGUUAAUGUACAACUGAUGAGAGAAGGAAAAAAAAAAAAAUUUAACGCCAGCAGCCAAAUCAACUCUUUCAGGUCAAAUGGUUCAGGCGGACACAGCCUCUUUUUGAUAGGACAACUGAUGCGCUGGACAGCACAAGAGCUGGCAUUGUUGUAGCCUUGUGCUCAGGAGAAAGGCAGUGUCCAGAGCCAUGUAUACUGUACAUAGCUCUUUCUACAGUAUAUGCCUCUGGUAGUGUUCUGAUUAGAAUGUAGCAAUUAAUAUGUGAAGGCUUUGAGGCUUAAAAGUGCAAUUUAACCCCUCCACAAAGCUUUGAUCGUGGCCUUGCCACAAGCCUUAUCUCUGAUGUGUGCGACAGGAGCAAGCUGAAAAAGUUGAACAAAUUUACAAACCAACCAAGCAACCAACCAACAAGUUACCGGGCAAAGUUUAAAGCAUCACAAACAGACAAGUCACUACUGCUACAAGUUCUUUCAACUCGGCUAUCCUAUUACUCAGCAUACACUAUGUGAAAUGUUUUGUGCAAUCACCAGUUAAGUCUGAUGUUUUUUAAAUUAUUUGAUGUUUAUAGCUUGAUUUUUUUUUUUUUGAUGCUGCUAUCGUCUGAGGUGAUUCCACCGUACAGUUCAGCAUUAUAGUCACAUAAGAUGGUACUUAAAAAAGAAAACUCAAAUUAACAGAUGAGAUGCUCACAAAGCAGUGUUAUUGCCUUGUUGGUGUUGUGUUUAUUUUCCAGGUUGCUUUGGAUGACAGCCUUCGUUUUUUUUCUUUUCAGUAAUAUAUUGCAAAAGUCAAAUGAUACUUGAUGCGGGAGAUUUGCACAACAUAUAGUCUCCCUUAAUUCUAACCUAUGUUUAAGAGUUUCCUACACUGUAUAUAGUGGGUUUCACCGCCUGUACUUUUUUAUCACUGACAAGCAUGGCCAACUUUUCAUGUUCCACAAAGCAAAGACAAACAAUACAGCUGCAAUGGUUAAAUAUUUCACAUCUCCACGACACAUUUGAACGGUUUCAGCACCCCGAUUCUGCCAAGCUGUGAAUUGUACAGUUUUCUUGUAGUUUAUAUUUGUACUUUUUUUUUUUUUUUUUUUUGACUGUUUAGAGGUGGUGGCGGUGGAGGGGUUGCUUUGAUGUAUAUUAUUCCAUCAAUUCGGUUUGAAUUGGACUUUUAUAGGAUAUUAUGCAGAGUCUUCUGCUUUGGUGAAAUACUUCCAGUAGUAAGAGAUUUCUGUUCUCUGUCACUCGUAUCUGGUUUUGUUCCACCUCCCCGGCUGCCAACUCAUGGCGAGCAGAGGAAGGAAUAACUAUUCUAGGCAUAUUCAUUUGGAUGCAGUGAUCAGAUGGAGGAGCUGAGAUGCACAGAGGAGGAGGAUGAGGAGGAGGAGUGUUGACAGCUCCUGCUCUGCUCAUCUCACUUCUCUCUGGACAACAUUGCCCCCUGGUGAAUAUGCUGUGAUUGUCAAAGGCUUGUAUUCAAACUGUGUGGGAUUGCUUCUGCCUGCUGUAUGUCCCACUGCAUUACCCCACCCUACCCUGCUGCACUCUAAUCACAGACUGUAUGUUGAGAGAGAAAUAAAUAUUAUUUUGUGCUUGA